AUGAACAGCAAUAAAGGAAAUACAGACUGCAUGUCAAACAAUCGAAUACCAACAAUGAUUUCUGAGUUAUCAUGGAUUAAUCAGUCAGACAUGCCAUCCACCUGCAUGUCUUCACCUACCAAGUCAUUUUCAUCAUCAUCAUCAUCGGCAACCUCAUCAUCAACUUCUUCUACAGCCUUCGGGGGGGAAUAUCCUCAGCAUAGAUCAUCACAUCAUUUACACCUUCUAAUUGGAUUUCCACAUAAAUAUCUUGGAAAAGUUGAGAAAACGCCGACCAGGUUGCAGCAGACUACAGAGACAGAAAUAAAGCCUACAAAACACAAAGAUGAUUUACGCAUAAAACUUGAAAGUGAACUGUAUCAAAAGGUGCGUCAAGCAGUGAAAACACCACCACGUGAACGAAUGAUACGUCGACGUCUCAAUGAAUUUGAACAACAAGUACGUAGACGUUUAGAGAAUGAAAAAGAAAAGAAACAGCUUGUUACCCAUUUGAAUGAUGUUAUCACUUUGGGUGGAUUGACAAAUCCUAUUGAUUGCAUCAACAGCAGCAUCAACGACAACAAUAGCAGCAAAAACAGUGACAUCAAGUUGAACAGUAUUGAUGAAACUGGUUAUAUGGAUGUACGUAUGCAUCCUGAAUCAUAUCAACAAAAUAUUGGCUGGUACAGAAAGUUUGACAUGAAUGAAGUAAAUAGUGAUAAUGGUAAUGGUAAUAAUAUUCAAAGAAUAUUAUGGAAUAAAAAGAAUUCAUUGACAGAGAAAGGAUUGAAAAAGAUUAGAUUUUUACUUUGUAAUCAUGAUACUGGAGGGGAAAAUGAAACCUCUGUGAACUGCGAUGAUGUGUUGAAAAGGCAGUUGAAUAAAACGAUCGGAUUUCGAGAUACCUAUGACAGAAGUCAUUCUCCAUUGUAUUUAAACAGCAGUCCUGAGAGUAUGAAUGGAUUUUUUCGCAGAAAUCACUCUACUACUGUUCAGGUGGUACAUAACAGUAGUCAUACCAAUACUACUACUACUUACAAUAACAAUACCACUAAUUCUAUAGACACAUUAUCCACAUCUUUAUCAUCAAAUAAUACUGCUUAUUAUUCCAAUUAUCUAUCGAAUAAAUUUCAAAAUUUUAAAAAUAAUCUUAUCCAUAUAAGACGACCAUUGAACAACAAUUCAAGUGUCAAUAGAGUUUGUUUAAAUUCACAAGAGAAUAAUGAUUAUAAUCCAUUGUUCAAUGAUUCAUUUACAUUCAGCUGGAAUACACUAUGUAUUGAAGAAUAUAAAAAUGUACAGAAUACCAAUACUACUACUGAUAAAACUACUAAUAAUAAUGAUUUACAAGACAGUGUAACAAGUAGUAUUAAUCGCUAUCAUCCGAUGACUCUAGGUUAUUUAACAGAAGAAGACAUUCAACUGAUACAAAGAUAUUAUAAAUUAUAUCAGAGCAAAUUACUGUCAUUAGCUAAAAAGAAUACCAGAAUGAAAAGCUGUCAUUUUACAACACGUCAGUCGAUUUUACAACAACUGGGAAGGUUGACAGAUGGUGAAAAACAGCUUUUUUAUUUCAGUGCAACUAGAGCUGCCUACCUGAUGGCUUCAACCCAGUGUGAACAUAAACUCCCUGAUGGGACACAAUUUCGAUUGAUUAAUCAGAAAGACGCUAAACCAUUGGAUCACAUCGUGAUAAGUAAUUCAUUUGUAGAAGAUGCCAGUAUGAGCGGUACUCAAAAAGAUGAAGUGAUUUGUCAACCAGAACUAGUAGAAUCGGAGAAGGUUUCCGUCGUUAGUGUUCAAGACAAUAAUGGUAGUCAAAAUGAAAAUGUUUCUGCUUACACCCUUCCGACAUUUGUUGACUGGAGUGCAGUGAUUCGCGACAGACAUGGACCAUUUUGGCCUCAAGGUUAUGGACCUGUAUGUCAAAUUUUGAAUGAUUUACAUGCAGAAGAAGUCGGCGCGGACAAUUACAAGGAUGCGAGUGGUAAUAGUAGUAGGAGUAAUAAGAGUAUUAAACCUUUCAUACCUGAUCACACAGAAGAGAUAAAUCAGCUACGGAGUAAACAAACCAUCUUCAAUGGGAUACGAGUAAUCUACGAUUCUGAAUGUAGUCCAUGUCUGUCGAAAUCAACAGACACAACAUCAUCGCCCUCAGGAAAUCUUUGCCAGUUAGUUAAAGAUUUACAGGAUACGGAUCAAUGGUCACCACCAUCUUUAAUAUUUGAAUCAAGAUUUGAAUCUGGCAAUCUACGACAAGUUAGACAAAUCGGACCAUUUCAUUAUGAAUUAUUAUUGAAACCAGAUUUAUAUACAAAACGACAUGUUCAGUGGUAUUUCUUCUCUGUACAAAAUGCUCUACCUGGUUUCACAUACUCAUUUCUAAUUGUUAACUUUACAAAACCGACAAGUUUAUACUCACAAGGUUUACAACCUUUACUUUAUUCUAAAAUCAAUACUCAACAGAAUGCGACGAAGUGGAUACGUGUUGGAAGGAAUAUUAAAUAUUCACGUAAUACAAAAAAUCUGUCGAAUCAUUUACUUGACACAAAUGGAGAAUACUACCAGUUGGAAUGGGAUAUGGAAUUUCCCUACGCCGAUGAUGUUUGUUACUUGGCCUACUCUUAUCCCUAUACAUAUACUAAUUUAAAAUAUGAUUUGAAUGAAAUACUCCUGAAGGCAAGAGAAGAUCCCGUAUUGAAUAAAUCAAUAAAAUGUGAAGUUGCCUGUCAAACUAGAGCAGGAAAUUCUUGUUUCUUGAUCACGGUGACUGAUCCCAAUAUUCCGAAUAAACAAAAGUAUGCAGUUGUCAUCACUGCACGUGUUCAUCCUGGUGAAACAAAUUCAAGUUGGAUGGUACUUGGAUUUCUACGAUUUCUUAUGUCAAAUGAAGGAAUAUCAAUGGAAUUAAAGAAACAAUAUAUCUUCUACAUUGUACCGAUGCUUAAUCCUGAUGGUGUAAUCGUUGGAAACUACAGAUGCUCAUUAACAGGGCGAGACUUAAAUCGAAAUUAUCGUCAACCAAGAAAAGAUAUCUUUCCAACAGUAUGGACAGUCAAACAACUUGUAAAAUGGUGUAAAAAGAAAUAUAAGGAUGUCAUUUAUUGUGAUAUGCAUGGACACAGUCGACGUAAUAACAUCUUUAUGUAUGGCUGUGAUGCAUCAAGUAGAUAUUCGAAAAUAUUUAAUAACAAUACUGGAAAAAGUCUUCACGAAAGACUACUGCCUUACAUUAUAUCUCAAGAGGCAUCAUCAUAUUUUUCAUUUCCAAACUGUCGUUUCACUAUUCAUCCAAGUAAAGAAGCAACUAGUCGAGUUGUCUUCUGGCGUGAAUUUGAAGUCAUCAAUAGUUUUACUAUGGAAGCAACAUUUAAUGCAUCAACUUUAGAAAACAAUUCUCUGAUGAAAUUAAAUGUGGCAGACUUUUUGAAAAUGGGUGAAAAAUUUGGUUAUUCGCUGUAUAAAUUUCAUGAAGUAAUUACAAACCCUGUGAAACUUCAAAAAACCUUAAGAAAUUUGGCUAAAGAAACAUUGACCAAUCUGUGUAAAACCCGUAUCCCAUAUCCCGUAUCUGAUAAUACAACAACAAAGGUGUAUAAAGAUAAUGAAUCGAUAUACAGUCAAGUGUCACGUGAUUUCUUAUCACCUGAUUUGAAAAUCUACGAUUUUAUUCGAUCACAACAAGUAUGCUGUACACCAGCAGUACAACCGACAACAACAACGACAACAAUGACACCAACAACGGCAACAAGCGAAGCAUACACAUCGAAUACACAUCAAAUUGACAAUUUGUUGAGAGAAUGUCUAUUGAAUUCAUCUAGUGAGAAUAUGCCUAAUGAUACUAGGGGUGGUGAUGAUUGUCGCAUUGAUGAUGAGCAGAUGAAUUCAUUUGAAAAUUUAGCUAAAAUAAUCUAUUUGCUGGAAAAUUCGAAUCAAUUGAUAAACACAAAGUCGAAUGAGAAUAAUAAUAAUGAUAAUAAUAAUCAUUCGAAGAUAAGAAAUGAAGAUGCCAGCAGUACUUCAGAUUCCAAUUCUGACAGUGAACCAGAAAUGACAAUAACAGCACAAAACUCAUUAAAUCAAAAAUUUAAUUUUCGCGGUGAUUUUGUAUUAACCAAUCAGGAGAAAGAAAGUAGAAUGAAUCAAGGUGAUGAAGAGUUACAAUCAGGGAAUAUAAAUCAAACAAGUAAAAUGCAUAAAUGGCAUAAAAAGAAAAAACGGAGGCGAAAUACACGUCAACAUUAUCACCUGCAUGAUCUUCAUCACCAACGUCAUCCCCGACGAACACAACCACACUUAGAACAACAACAACAACAUACAAAGAAGACAACUUCAUCGAAUGACUGUCAGACUGUGAAUCUAACAACAACAUCAUCGUCAUCAUCAUCGACAACAAUGUCCGCUUCAUCAGCUGAGCAAACAGAGUGUUGCAGGAGACAACUGAGAGAUGGGAUGAGAAGAAUCAAUCCUCAGACCGACGAUAAAGAAGUACAAAACAUUGACGGGAAAUUGUAUUUUGUAAGCAAAUAUGCUGGACAAUCGAAUCGUGGUAUACCGUGUUUUGUUGAAAAACGAUUAUUCCAUCGUUCGUGUCAAAGAAUUCGAUCAGUUUGGGAAAAUAUCAAUUUCAAAGAUCCACAAACAUUACGUAUGCAGAGAUUAGAAACAAAAAUCCACAAUCUUAAAAAUGAUGAACCAUUGAAGAACACUGAAAUAUUACGAUAUUUAAAACAAAUCCAUUUUGAUGCACAACGAAAAUUGAAAUUUAUUCAAUGUUAUCUACUGCAAACCACCGACAGAAGUUAUUAUAAUAAAUUGUCUACAAAUAAUAAAAAUGAAACUUUUAUACUGCCGCCGCCGCCUCCAGUUCCUGCUGCUGCUCCCCCACCUCCUCCUCUUCCACGGCCAUUACCAGGAUUCACUAAUGGCUGUCGUCCAAUGAAAACAACUGGGAAUGAGACGAAGAUGGUUCACCCAGCAGCAGCAGCAGUAGUAGUAGCAGUGGAUGACAUUCAUCCACGAAGUAAAUCAUGCAAUAUAUUCGCAAGAAGUACACAUCACAAUCAUAAUAAUAAAUCUGUAGAGUUGCCGAGAAUUGUUGACAAGACAAGACAAGAGAAGAAGACUACCAAUGGAAUACCAAUGAGUAAAUCUGUCGAGAAUACAAAGAAACAACAACCAGUAGAUAAACAAAUUAGAAGUGAAGAAAGUCAUGAAUCUUAAAGUUGUGCUUAUGAUAUAG